AUGACUGCUGAUACUGCAGCUUCAUGCAACAUUAUUGAUGAGUGUACGUUUAGUAGUAAAUUCAGUGGUGUGUUGUUAAACACUAACACAAACAAUGUACAUGCCUACGGUGGAACAACCCUUAAGGUAAAAGGAAUUUUCACUGAUACUAUCUCGUGUAAAACUAAUGCUAAUGUUACUUUCACAGACACAUUCUAUGUUGUAGAAGGCCAAUGUGGAUGCUUGUUAAGCAAUAGGGCUAGCCACAAUUUAAAACUGGUAGCGGUUAAACAAUAUGUUAAUGUGGUAUUAGAAAGUAGUGAUGUGGUUGAGAAAUACCCAAAUGUGUUUAACGGGAUUGGGCAACUUAAGAAUUUUGAAGUCAAGUUGACGAGAGUGUACCCCCAGUAG